AUGAGGUCCCUUCGUGUGCUCAGUGCUGCGCUGCACACCCUGCUUGCGCUCGGCGCCGUCGCCGUCAGCGCCGAGGACGUCCUGAUCAGCAAGCGCCGCCUGAGCAAGCGCUUCAUCGACGAGAAGGGCAACUACAACAUCUCGUUCUACCACAUCAACGAUGUGCACGCCCACCUCGACCAGUUCGCCCCGGCGGGCAACGACUGCACCAAUCCGUCCAAGGGCUGCUACGGCGGCUAUGCGCGCGUGCGCACCGCCGUCAACCAGACGCGGCCCUCGCACCGGGACAGCCUCUUCCUCAACGUCGGCGACGAGUUCCAGGGCACGCUUUUCUACCAGUACUACGGCGGCGAGAAGAUCGCCGCGACGCUCAACCAGAUGGGCUUUGACGGCAUGACGCUCGGCAACCACGAGUUCGACGCCGGCGACGAGAAGCUGGGCCAGUUCGUCCAGAAUCUGACCUUCCCCAUCAUCUCGGCCAACAUCCACUCGCAGAACGAGAAGCUCAACAAGACCAUCAAGCCGUUCCACAUCUACGAGCAGUACGGCCUGGCCGUCAUCGGCGUCACCACCGAGACCACGGCCAGCAUCUCCAAGCCCGACAAGACCACCGUCUUCAGCAACGCCGUCGAGGCCGUGCAAAACACCAUCAACCUGAUCAAGUCGACGACCAACAUCACGCGCAUCGCCGCCAUCACGCACAUCGGCUACCAGGAGGACCAGAAGCUCGCCGAGGCCACGACGGGCCUGCACCUCAUCAUGGGCGGGCACUCGCACACGCCGCUCGGCGACUUCAAGGGCGCGCAGGGCCCUUACCCGACCAUCAAGAAGAACAAGGACGGCGACGAGGUCUUCAUCGUCACGGCCUACCGCUGGGGCGAGUACCUCGGCUACAUCGACGUGACGUACGACCCGAGCGGCAAGAUCCUGGCCUACCACGGCGGCCCGAUCCACAUGACCAACGCGACGGCGCAGGACAAGCAGCUGCAGGACCAGAUCAACGAGUGGCGCAAGCCGUUUGAGGCCUUCGCGGCCGAGAAGGUCGGCGACACCAAGGUCGUGCUCGACGCCGAGAAGUGCAAGUCGGAGGAGUGCCUGCUGGGCGAUGUGAUUGCUGAUGCUAUGAUGGCUUACGCCCACAACUCGAGCUCCAAGGCCGUCUUCGCCAUCACCAACGGCGGUGGCGUUCGCGCUACCAUCGACGCCGGCCCCAUCACCCGCGGCGAGGUCCUGACCUCCUUCCCCUUUGGCAACGCCCUCGUCGAGCUCGAGUUCAAGGGCGAGGACCUGUGGAAGGUCUUUGAGGGCUUCUUCACGGGCGUCAACCAGUUCAACAAGCAGAAGGUCACGUCCUUCCCGCAGAUCUCCAAGGACGUCCGCGUCACCUACAACCCGGCCAACCCGGCCGGAUCCCGCCUCGUCUCCGUGGACAUCCAGGGCAAGCCGCUGGACAAGAGCAAGACGUACAACAUUGUCACGGUCGAUUUCUUGGCCAGCGGUGGCGAUAGCUUCUUCGUGGCCAGGGAAGGGUUCGCGACGCUGGAUCCGCUGGAUGCGGUGCUGAUCAGUUAUUUCAAGACACAGGGUACCUUGGAUGUCAAGACAGACGGGAGGAUCGCGACCACGGACAAGUCGGCCAGCGGCGGUGGCGGCAGCAAUGGCACGUCCACUACGACAGCCGCCGGGCCCAAGAAUACCAAUGCUGCUUCUGGCAUUGGCCAGUCAGCUAUGGCUGGGUUUGCGGCUGUGAUGCUGGGUGCUUUUGUCCUCCUGUAA